AUGAUUUUUUUUUUUUCACUCUCGUGGUUCCCAUCCCCCCCCCCACUCUCUUCCGACGCGUCUUUCUUUUCUGCUUCUUUCUUCGCUGACUUUUGCUUAUUACUUCAUUUGCUUUUUCCAUUAUCCUGUCUAAUUUGCAUUAUUUUUGUUUUCGUUAUCUAUCUAUCUAUCUAUCUAUCUAUCUAUCUAUCUAUCUAUCUAUCUAUCUAUCUAUCUAUCUAUCUAUCUCAUCUGUUCAUAUCUACCUAUUCUAUCCUAUCUAUCUGUAUAUCUAUCUAUCUAUCUAUCUAUCUAUCUCAAUGCGUUCAUAUCUAUAAAUCUCAGCCUAUUCAUCUAUUUCCCUUUCUUUCUUUCUUUUUUCAUUUAUUCUUUCAUUCAUUCUUUAUUUAUUUACUUCUUUCUUUCUUUCUUUCUUUCUUUCUUUCUUUCUUUGCUCUAUACUUUUCAAUUACCAUUCGUUUGUCACCUUCCUUGCUUCUUUCUUUUCCUUCUUUCUUUUUUCUUUCAUUGUUUCUUUCUUUGUUUUUCUUUCUUUUUCUUUCUUUCUUUCUUUCUUUCUUUCUUCUAUACUUUUCUAUUCAAUUUUCAUUCUUUAUUACACUCUCUUUUCUCAGACAAAAUGUAUUCAUCCAACAUUCGUUCUCUUCCUCUCAUGUUCAGUCGUUCAAUUUCUCUUUCUCUGCUCGUUUCCUCCUCCUCCUCUGUCGUCUUAUUUUUCUCAUUUUUUCUUCAUGUUUUUCCUUUCCCUUUAUUCCUAUGUCUUCCCUUAUUUCCGGUGUAUCGUAUUACUUAGAAUACCAAUGUGAAAAUGUCUCCCCACUACUUUCUUUUAUUUUUCCUUCACCUUUCCCUUUCUCUUUUCUCAUUUUACACUACUUUUCUCCCUCUUCUUCGUCGUCAUCUAUUGCCUCUUCUUCACCUAUCUGA